UAUUAAUUCUAUUUCUAUCAUUACAACCUCACAUAAAUAUUCGUCCCUUAAUUAUUUUCAUUAUCUCUAAAUAAUUUCCAAAAGGCAAAUCAUAACAGAACCGAGUCCCAGUCCCAGUCAAUUUUUGCUGUAUGACAGGAUAACGUUGUUUUUGUUUUUAGUUUUUAGUUGUUUUUUUUUCAUAAUAUGUCAGUACUAUUACAGAACACUUUCCAUCUUCAUAGCCACAAUAAUAGCAAAUCAGUCACUCAUUCAAAUGUCCAAUAUAGGAACUGCUGUUAAAGUAAUUGCCUAGUACAAUACAAUACAAUAAAGAAGGUUUAACAUUCGCUUUAAACAUAUAUUUAUUUUAAUAGAAACAUGCACGAUUACAAUAAAACAUCAGCAAGUGACGUUUCCCGACCGAUCAUGGACGCAGCAUAAGACUUGCACACCGUCCCCGCAGUCCACAGCACACACAGCCGCUACCUGCCAGGCGGAAUGGAUGUAUCCCCCAGUUUCAUCCUCAGCCCAGCGGAGCCGCGGGAAAAGCCAGGCCCGACAUGACAGCGCCGGGGCGGGAGAAGAAAGCCCACCAUCCGCCGCGGCUGACCAUCCGGCCGGAGGCGGUGUGGGCUGCGGGUCGCUACGCCGUGCUGGCCGCCCUGUGCGCACUGUGCUACAGCAACUCUCUCCACGGGGAGUUGGUGCACGACGAUGUUUGGGCUAUCAUCAACAACCCGGACGUCCGACCGGGCUCCAGCCUCAGAAACAUCUUCAGCAACGACUUCUGGGGCAAGAGAAUGGCGGACAAUACGAGCCACAAGUCCUACAGACCGCUGUGCAUCCUCACCUUCAAGUUGAACAUCCUGCUGCACGGCAUGACGCCUCUCUGUUUCCACAUCGUCAACGUGUGUUUGCACUGCGCUGUAACCUGCCUGCUCAUGCACACGUGUGAACGCUGUGCAUUUGAAGACUGCCGCCUGGCCUUCAUCACAGCACUGCUCUUCGCUGUGCACCCCGUGCACACCGAGGCCGUGUCUGGUAUCGUGGGCAGAGCUGAUGUCUUAGCCUGUCUGCUGUUCUUACUGACAUUCCUAUCCUAUAUCAGGAGUGUUGGUGUGUCCUCUGAGGACUCUCUGCCCUCCACAGUGUCUGCAUGGUGUCUGCCAGUCAGUUUGAUGCUGGGCACCUGUGCCAUGCUGGUCAAGGAGACAGGCAUCACUGUGUUUGGAGUGUGCGUGCUCUACGAUGCCCUGGUGCUCUGCCGCAAGCCUCUAAUCUAUCACCUGUCGGGCUCCAAGGCUGGAGACCUCCUUCACAUCUGCAGCCCCUUCAUCAAACGAGCCUGCUUUAUCUCUGGCUAUGUGGUGAUCAUCAUGUCGGUAAGGCUGUGGCUGAUGGGAGGAUCCAUGCCUCUCUUCUCUGAACAGGACAACCCCGCCUCUUUCUCACCUCACAUGCUUACUAGGAUUCUGACGUAUUCUUACCUGCUGUCCUUCAAUGCCUGUCUGCUCCUCGCUCCCAUCGUGCUGUGUUAUGACUGGCAGGUUGGAAGUAUUCCCCUGGUUGAGUCGCUGAGUGAUGUGCGCAACAUGGCCACUGUGCUGCUGGCUGUGGUGAUGGUCACUCUGUGCCUGCACUGUAUCUUCUCACUGCAGAGACAGGAGAGCAGGGAGGUGGUGGUGGGAAUGUUGUUCCUGGUGUUUCCAUUUAUUCCUGCCAGUAACCUUUUCUUCAGGGUGGGAUUUGUUGUGGCCGAGAGGGUUCUGUACAUGCCAAGUAUGGGCUAUUGUAUCCUGGUAGCUCAUGGCCUGGGUCGGCUGUGUUCGGUGGUUGGCCGGUGGGGCACCACAGUCCUCAGUGUCUCCAUGCUGCUGCUGCUCCUGCUCUUCUCCUGGAAGACCGUCCACCAGAACCAUGUCUGGCUCUCGAGGGAGGCCCUCUUCCGCUCCGGUAUCCAGACUCUGCCGCACAAUGCUAAAGUCCACUACAACUAUGCCAACUUCUUGAAAGACAGCGGCCGCCACCAGGAAGCCAUUUACCACUACACCACUGCCCUCAGGUUAUACCCCCGCCAUGCCAGUGCCAUGAACAAUCUUGGCACCCUGACUCGCAGCCCAGAGGAGGCUGAGAACUACUACAGGAAAGCACUGGACAUCAACCCUCAGCAUAACCGAGCUCUGUUUAACCUUGGAAAUCUCCUCAAAUCCCAGGGAAAGGAGGAAGAGGCUGUAACUCUGCUGAAGGACUCCAUACGCUUUGGUCCACAUUUUGCUGAUGCUUACUCAAGUCUGGCAUCACUUUAUGCUGAGCAGAAACGCUUUGCUGAAGCCAAUGAAGUGUAUCUCAAAGGUAUAGAGAACUGUCCUGACAGCUCUGACCUGCAUAACAACUACGGGGUGUUUCUGGUGGAUACAGGAGAGGGAGAGCUGGCAGCAGCUCACUAUCAGCAAGCUGUUAGACUCAAACCAGCACACUACGUUGCCAUGGUGAACCUGGGCCGUCUGCUCCGAUCAUCCAAUGAGAACAAAGAAGCUGAGUCCUGGUACAAGAGGGCACUGCAGGUGACGAGGAAGGUGGACAUCCUGACUCCUCUUGGAGCUCUUUACUACAACACAGGUCGCUACGAGGAGGCCCUGCAGGUUUACAGAGAGGCUGUCACCCUGCAGCCAGACAGCACCGACAUCUGGCUGGCUCUGGUCAGCACACACACACAUUGCAUCAUGGAAUGCUGUGGCAUCUCUGUGUUCAGCAAAAACACCUUUCUCUUGUUUCACACACUCACUGUAUCUCCACGUCAGGCUCAGGUUUUAGCCAUGGCUGGUCGUACCAAAGAGGCAGAGAGGAUGACACUUGACAUCAUAUCCAGAGAAGGCAGCUGUAUCGAAUGUUACCGCCUCCUGUCUGCCAUCUACAGCAAGCGUGGCAACUACACAGAGGCUCUGAAUGCUCUGGACAGGGCCCUGCAGCAGAACCCCAGUGAUCUGACAGUGAGAGCGGAGCUGUAUUUCUCCAAAGGAAACCAGCUCCGAGAGAUGAACCAGCUGGACAGAGCCUUCGAGAGCUAUAAGCUGGCUGUGGAGCUCAAACCUGACCAGUCCCAGGCCUGGAUGAACAUGGGAGGGAUUCAGCACAUUAAGGGAGACUAUGCAGCAGCCAGGAUGUAUUACCAGCGCGCACUGCUUCUGAGCCCUGGUUCCAAACUUCUGAAGGAAAACCUGGCUAAGCUGGACCGGUUGGAGAAGAGACUGACAGCGGGGGCGUAGACCACCAUGAACAUACCAGACGCUACACCUUCCAGUGCACAGAUUAGGGAAACAGGGCACCACCCAGCCCUCUGGAGCCCAAACACCAGCUUUCAGGCUGCUGGAUAAAAUGGACCUGGUUACUAAGACCACCUGCCUGUGUGAGAGUGGUGCGGGUUAUGGGGGGGUAGUUGCAGCGUGUUCUGAGGUGGAGCCAGUGGCCUGGAAUCAAAGAGACUGGUCAAGCCACAGAAGCCUUUCCUGGGGUCAGCAGAAAGGAAGGCCUGGUUGAAGAUCACUGGGAGCUCCUUGUGUCGGCCUGACCUGAUCGCUUUACUUCAACAUGCACAUCUACUGCAGACAUUUGUGUUUGAUUGAUUUAUUAUUUAGGUUGAUGUGAAGUCAUUUCCUUUAUGGCAUUUAAUCACAGAUUAUAAUGCAGUCCUCUGCUCUCCCUUUGAGAAUUAUUCAUGUAUUUAAAGUGAAAAGUGUGAGGAAAAUGUUAUUAUCAUGAAGGACUUUAGCACCUUGAGCUAAAAAAGGCCCAUUUGUGAGAGUUUUCAAUCACAUGUCACAGUCUUCUUCAGCAAUUACAAAUUGCUUGAAUAUGAUCAAUGAAGACAUUCAAAUUCAAGGGCAUUCACUCAGCCAUUUGAUUCUCUCUUUUUGUUUUUUUCCAAAUUAAGAUUUGACACUAUCUCACUACCAGUACAGUCUCUUUCUCUCUCUCUCUCUCUCUCUCUCUCUCCCUCCCUCUCUGUCUUUCUCUCUCUCUCUCAGCAGUCAGCACACUGUGCAAGCUAACCACUUCUGCUAUUUCUCAUUUCAUGGCUGGUGGCCAACAGCAUUAAGGUGCAUUACCACCACCCAUUAUGACAAAGCGAGAAAGGAAAGAAACUGAAUUAUUUUAGUGGUCAGUUUAAGUUAGUUUUGCUUAAUUUGACACACCGUUAACUGGCCACUUUACAAUUAAGGAAAAAGGAAGCACAAACUGCACCAAGCUAGUAGGCUAGCUAGUGUACAAUAUCUAUAUUUCCUUUUUGAAUAUCACAGUUACCAUCUAAAUUGUAUAUUGCGACACCCCCACCAACAACUAAAGCAGAAUUUCUGUACUGUAUGCUUGUGAUAAUAUAAGGUGUCUUUUGUUGACUGUACUGCAAACCUUUUACUCCUGCUUGUGCCAUGCAUUGGCUGCUUUCACCUGGCCAGCUGUGGUGAAAGCUCAGAAAAGCUCAGAAGUGGACCUUUUAGCUUAAGAAUGGACAGAAUAGUAAUAGCAAUUUUAAUAUUACUCUCUGGCGGUAGAUGUUGCUCAGGAAGGUAGAGCAGGUUUUCCAGUGACCCAAAGGUCGCUGGACCCCAAAUUGCUCCUGAUGAGCAGUUGGCCCCUUGUAUGGCAGCCUCUGCCAUCACUGCAUCAUUCAGUGGGUUCAUGUGACAAAUUUUAUAAAACACUUUGGUCAGGAGCAUUUUACAAAACUUGUCACAUUAGCCCUUUGAUAACACAGAAAGGCGCUAUAGAAAUGCAGUGGUUCGUUUACCAUUUUACCAUUUCCAUCUAUCAGAUUAAAUCAGUGAACUUAACACAGAGAUCUUUGAUUAUAUGACUCAUUGGAAAUGUUAUACCAUACAUAACAGCUACCCUUUCCUUAGACUAUAGUAAGUUCAUCUGACCUCCAUUUCUAGAAGUUGCUACACUGUUGACCUGAUAUCGCCAGCCCUCUGCAGUUAUAAUAAGCUAAGUGUGUCUGCUCCUGUGUGAGGAGCUGAAUCGUGUGGCUUCUUGCAUACCAUAACCUCUGAAGAUUGCUGUUUGGUUGCUUGUUGUGGUUUUGAUGACAGUGAUGUUGAUUGUGAAUGAAUUUUUGUUGUGGAAUGACAAUGGGCUGACAAUGAAGUGACUAGUGCAAUGACUGGCUUGCACCAAAAAAAUUAAAUAUAUGUUUU